AUGUCCCUUAGCAAUGAUAAAAUUGGUUAUAAGGAAAUAAUUACGGAUGAUAUAUUGAGAAAACUGCAUGAUUUGUAUGAUAUGAAUUGCAAACAUAGUAAUUCAAAUAAUAAAUUUGGUAAUGAUGACAAGUGUAAUUCCACUAAAAAAAUUCUCAAAUAUAUAUAUAAAUACAAGAAAUUAUGUGAAUUAACUAAAUAUACCGAUUUUUUUAGAGAAUUAGAGCAGUUUAGAUAUCGAUAUAAUGAAAAAAUGAGAACUUUAAGUUGUCCUAAUUUUUAUUACCAUAUAUUAUCUUCUUUUCAAAUAUAUAAUAUAAAGUUUUUUAUUUUAAUGACAUUUGUAAUGAUGUUAGUAAUAUCCAUUUUUUUAACUAUUUUGUAUAAGUUCACCACAUGUGGCUCAUAUUUUCGCCAAAGAAUAAUAAGGAAAAAAUAUAUAUAUGAUGGUUUAAAUGAAGAAAAUAGUAUAUGUAAGAAUUCAAAAAUAUCUGGCAGCAUGUCAACAAAUAGGGGGUAUAAUAUUUUAUAUAAUUCUGAGUAUUAUUAUCAUUAA